UAUGUCCUUGGAGGUGACCAGGGCUACCGCAGGGAUGGUGUUAGGCGAGCUCUAUGUCUCAGAUCGUGAGGGCAGUGACGCGACAGGUGAUGGAACCAAGGAGAAACCGUUCAAGACAGGUCUAAAGGCUUUGUUGACAGUAGGAAAAGAGCCAUUUCCUACCAUUUAUGUCGAUUCACAAAAAGAAAAUGAGAGGUGGGAUGUUAUUUCUAAAUCACAGAUGAAAAACAUUAGAAAAAUGUGGCACAGGGAACAAAUGAAGAACGAGUCCCGGGAGAAGAAGGAGGCAGAAGACAAUUUGCGAAGAGAAAAAAACCUGGAAGAAGCAAAGAAAAUCACCAUUAAAAAUGAUCCGGGUCUUCCCGAGCCAAAAUGUGCGAAGAUUAGUGAAUUAGAAGCUCAUCGAGGCCAAAGAGUGAAGGUGUUCGGUUGGGUCCACCGGCUGCGCCGGCAAGGGAAAAACUUGAUGUUCCUUGUGCUGCGUGACGGGACAGGCUUUCUCCAAUGUGUCUUGUCAGAUGAGCUGUGCCAGUGCUACAACGGCGUGGUCUUGUCCACGGAGAGCAGUGUCGCGGUGUACGGCAUGCUGAAUCUUACCCCAAAAGGCAAGCAGGCUCCAGGGGGCCAUGAGCUGAACUGUGACUUCUGGGAGCUCAUCGGGUUGGCCCCUGCAGGAGGAGCUGAUAACCUGCUCAACGAGGAGUCGGACGUUGACGUCCAGCUCAACAACCGGCACAUGAUGAUCCGCGGAGAAAACAUGUCCAAGAUCCUGAAGGCCCGGUCCAUAGUCACCAGGUGCUUCCGGGACCACUUCUUCGACAGGGGCUACUGUGAGGUCACGCCUCCAACACUAGUGCAGACCCAAGUAGAAGGCGGCUCCACGCUCUUCAAGCUCGACUAUUUCGGGGAGGAGGCGUAUCUGACACAGUCCUCUCAGCUCUACCUGGAGACCUGCCUGCCAGCGCUUGGUGAUGUGUUCUGUGUCGCCCAGUCCUACAGGGCAGAGCAGUCCCGAACCCGGAGGCACCUGGCAGAGUACACUCACGUGGAAGCCGAGUGUCCAUUCCUGACCUUUGAGGACCUCCUGUGCCGAUUGGAGGACUUGGUGUGCGACGUGGUGGACAGGGUCCUCAAGUCCCCCGCAGCAAGCUUAGUGCGUGACCUCAACCCGAAAUUCAAGCCCCCCAAACGGCCUUUUAAGCGGAUGAACUAUUCAGAUGCCAUUGUGUGGCUUAAAGAACACAAUAUAAAGAAAGAAGAUGGCACAUUCUAUGAAUUUGGAGAAGAUAUCCCGGAAGCUCCAGAGCGACUGAUGACAGACACCAUUAAUGAACCCAUCCUGCUGUGUCGGUUUCCUGUAGAGAUCAAGUCUUUCUACAUGCAGCGAUGUCCUGAGGACCCCCGCCUUACUGAAUCUGUGGACGUGUUGAUGCCCAAUGUUGGUGAGAUUGUGGGCGGCUCCAUGCGUAUCUGGAAUAGUGAGGAGCUCCUGGCAGGCUACAAGAGAGAAGGGAUAGACUCUACUCCCUACUACUGGUACACGGAUCAGAGAAAAUACGGCACGUGCCCUCAUGGAGGCUACGGCCUAGGCUUGGAACGAUUCUUAACUUGGAUUCUGAACAGGUAUCACAUCCGGGAUGUGUGUCUGUACCCUCGAUUUGUCCAGCGUUGCAAACCAUAACCAGCUCCCCCCAAAGCCUUGAGGAGAAA